AUGGGUAAUGAACAGCAAGGUGGGACAAGUCAUCAUUUUAUCACUGAUGCCUCAGCUGAUGAACAUCAACAACAAAAACGUACUGGUAUUUUGUUGGCAAAAAAUGGACGUUUACCAAUAUCUAAACAGCAUUCGACAAUAAUAAAGCCUAGUUGGGAACUGGCAAGAGAUGCUUCGAUGGAUUUAUUGUCACGCAAGGCGACUAAAUUAACUUCAAAACAAGAUCCAUCAUCGAGUUUGCUAGUUAAUCAACGAAAUGUAAUAAAAAAAUAUACUUUACAACCAUCGUUAGCACCUGGAAAACCUUUGCCAAUAUAUCGAGUACCUCGAAUACCAUCAGACAAAGAAAUAGCUGAAAUUACCAUAGCCUAUCAACUUUUAUGUGAAUAUUGUGAUGGUCCAUGUAUUGGUAAUUAUCUUCGUUGUCGUGUUUGCAUCAAAACUUAUCAUUCUCACUGUCUUUUUGAACGGGGUCAUUUAAGUGAUCCAGCAUUCUCAUUGCCACGUCUUGGAAAACAAGAUUGGAGUUGUCCAGAUUGUGAAGAUCUUACGCGUUUGCUCAACCAAGAUGAAAUUAAUUAUUUAAUUUCUGCUUUUGAAAAAAUGGAUCGAGAUAAGAAUGGUUAUAUUGUUUUGGAUGAUUUUCUAACAUUUUGUUCGAAAGGAAAGAUGACAGAUAGUUUUAAUUUAUUCACUCAAAAUAAUCAAGAUUUGGAAAAAUUACACUUCACUCUAAUGGAUUCAAGACGCAAAGGUGCUAUUGGUUGGUCAGAUUUUGCACUUUUCUUUAGUUGUAAAAUGAUUGCUACAAAAAAUAAAACUCAAUUGACAACGCAAUUAACUAAAAAGGAAUUAAUAUAUGCAAAAGGUCUUUUUUUCAAAGAUCUUCGUCUAAAAGUUGAUACUGAAAAUAAUGCAAUUAUAACAAAAGAUCAUUUUAAUCGAGUUUUUCAUGAUCUCAUAUUAACGACGAAAAAAAAAUACGGUGAUAAUUAUAUCGAUGCUGUUUUACACGAUUGCCAAAAUAUGGAUGAAACAAUUCAAAAACUUACUGUUGUUAGUUGGGAUGAAUUUCUUCGUCAAAUUUCUGUACUUCUCAUAUUAAACCGUUCAAAUUAUGACCUAAAAAAUAGUCGACCACGUCGCGCAUCUAUACCUCAUAAUCUUACGCAAGCAACAGUUGUUUCACAUAUUAAUUUUACUUCAAGCAGUGUCGAUUUAAGAAGAAAUGUGGCAAUUACGCCUAUUGUAACGGCUUCACCAGAUUUUUCAUUUGAUGAAUCAUUUCGUAAACAUGGAAAAAUAUUAGAAAAACUAAAUCAACGAAACCAACAAGAAGGAAUAAGAAAAAAACAUCUUGGUACAUCAAUUGAUUGGUCACUUGUUGAAGAUGUUGGUGAUGAAGACAACUUGGAAUUACCAAAAUUAAAACCAAAUGCACGAGAUGAACGACAAACAAUUAGUGAACCAUGGGCUGUUGUUAAAGCCAUGGAACAUUUACGAACUCAACCGAUACUUAUUACAACGACUCGGAUCCAAAUGCUCAAGGUUUAA